CCCCCCCCCCCCCCACAAAACCCUCCUCCCUCCCUCCACGCACAGAUCUGCAACUUUGCCAUUUCUUCCGUGCUCCUCCGUAUGCCUCUCGCCCCACUCUCUUCGCGCUGGUAGCAACAAAGAAACAGUAGUACUGGUGAAAUUGCGCAGACAAAUUGGAUGGCGUCAUCGUCCAACUCGCCGUGUGCAGCUUGCAAGUUCCUUCGCCGGAAAUGCCAGCCCGAGUGCGUCUUCGCCCCGUACUUCCCGCCUGACCAGCCGCAGAAGUUCUCCAACGUCCACAAAGUGUUCGGCGCCAGCAACGUCACCAAGCUGCUCAACGAACUGCACCCCCACCAGCGAGAGGACGCCGUCAACUCGCUCGCCUACGAAGCCGACAUGCGGCUUCGCGACCCCGUGUACGGCUGUGUCGGUGUCAUCUCCCUCCUCCAGCACCAGCUCCGGCAGCUCCAGAUGGACCUCAGUUGCGCCAAGUCCGAGCUCUCCAAAUACCAGAGCCUCGGCAUCGCCGGCCACGGCCUCAUCGCCGCGGCUGCGGCCGCUGCGGCUACCACCCACCACCACCAGCAGAACCUGGGGAUCAAUCUGAUUGGCGGCGGCGGCGGCGGCCGCGACCACCACUACCACCACCAGCUCUUUCCGACGAACCAGCAACAGGCGAUAAGGGCCAUGGAUUCUGGAACCAACUUCGAUGCGAGCAGUUUGCUUGCAAUGAACGUUUCGGCGAGCAUAGGGCAGCUGAGUUCUCCGUUCUAUCAGCCGAGGGCUGCCGGCGGCGAAGACCGGCGAGCGCCAGUUGACCCUUAGCGGAUUGGAUUUCCCGAGGUCCCAUCUUUAUUCAUAGGUUUUGAAGGAUUCAGUGCUCAGGAGGAGAGAGAGAGAGAGAGAGAGAGAGAGAGAGAGAGAGCUUCUCAUCUCAUCGUGCUUCCAUUAAUUCUAGUCUACAGUUGAUUUUUUGUUGGCUAGCUAGUGGAUUGGCCUGUAUACUUAUUAUUCAUAUAUAUAUAUAUUAUACACACACAUAUAUA